CCCCCUCCUCCCCACCCCCCCUCUCCGCAUCAGUCUUUCUCAACAACUUUUCGAGCCAAGAAGUCAUUUUAACAGAAGUCCGGGGAGAACGGCCAGACUGUGGAUCGUAGCGGCCUCAGAACUUCAACCAGGUCCGAGCUGAAAGGGAAGAGUAACCCAUGGUGCUGCGCAGAGGAAGAAUGGAUAUCCUCCUUGUCCUGGCUGGGAUUGUCCUCAUCACUCACCCCAUUGAGGCACAGAAUUGUACAACAGAAGGUCUACAGUUCCAGGAUCUGCCCCAGCAUAACUUCAGCAGGCUGGAUGGUGAUGCUGGUUCACUCCAGCCCUUGUACAACAUGGUCAACCUGUACCUGGAUGCUGUACAACCCAAUGGCUUACCAACAGAUAUUAUUCAGACGGCAGUGAACAAUCCGAACUUCAUCAGUGAGAAUGUCCCCGCGGUUGUGCGCUAUCAGGCGGGGUACCUGGUCAGCUUCAUCAUCGGGGUGCUGUUCUUCAUCUGCAUGCCCCUGGUGGGCUUGAUCUUCUGCUGUUGUCGCUUGUGUGGGAAAUGUGGAGGGGAGGUGAAGGAGCGGAAAAAGUCGACAGAUUGUCACCGUACCAUUCUGGCCAUCUUCCUGCUCAUGACCACCAUCAUCAUACUGGCUGGAGUUGCCUGUGCGUUUACUGCCAACCAAAGGGUGACAGAGGCCAUGGAGCCGAGCCUCGCUGCCUUCAGGGAGAUGCUGACCGAUGUCCACACUUACAUCACCAACAUCCUUGGGGCCCCGACCAAACUUCUUGCACAGUUUUCAUUGCCAAAGGACAAAGUGUUCUCAGAUCUUGACCGUGUAAACAGGACCCUUGGUGUAAUGGUCAGAGAUGCCCUGUGGCCGAUAGUUGGCCCCGUGCUGGCCAUGGCAUCUGCACGGAUACCAGACGUCGACACUGUGAAGACCCACCUGCUGGACAUCAAUGCUGCCAAAGGCUCUCUGGCACAGCUGUCAGCUCAGCUGAGCUCGGCAAAGGCCGAUAUCGUCUCCACGCUGAAUGACCAAAACUGUGUGGGCUGUCGCUCUGCUUUGGGACAAGCCAAUAGACUGCAGACUGACUUCACCUUCAACCUGCCUCCAGAUGUCCAAGUGGCGUUCGACAAAGCCAUGAGUAUCUCCACAGCCUCGCUGACCAACUCUGUGCAACAGGCCAAUCAAACCUUUAUCGACAUUCCUCGGAGGGUGACGAGUCAAACCUCGCAGAUAUUCACAGAUGUCAAACAAGUUAUAAAUGACAUUGAAAGAAACCUGAACUCCAACCUGAAGUUCCAAUUUCCAGCUGCCCUUCAGGAGGUGGACACCUUUGCUAACUCCCCACAGGUAGCGGAAGCCUCCGCUCAGGUGAAGCAAUACGAUUACUACAGGUGGGUCGUCAGCAUCGUCCUCUGCUGCAUCAUUCUCUUAAUCAUCGCAUUAAAUGCACUGGGGCUGGGCCUGGGAACUGCAGGAAUCGCAACCAGGGAGGACGCCUAUGGGAGCAAUGCAUGUUCAGAGUCCGGAGCUAACUUCCUGAUGGCGAGCGUGGGAUUCAGCUUUAUCUUCUCCCCGCUGCUCAUUCUCCUGGUGUUUGUCACCUUCUACGUUGGAGGGAACGCUCGCACGUCCGGCUGUAAACCGUGGGAGAGCGGAGAAAUCUACCAGGUGAUCGAUGAGCUGGCUGGACAGAACCUCGUGUUCGACCUCUCCAACGUCUUCAACUCGUCGGUCAGCUACUCCUCUCUCUACAGGCAUUGUGAAGAAGGCAAGUCACUGAUGCUCCUCCUACCAGACAGACAGAUUGCAGACCUGGAGAAAUAUCUCGACGUCAACACCUAUUCUGGAGACAUUAUACGGAACGUUAACCAGCUGAAUGUGGAUUUAAGCAGUCUCGUGUUACUGGACAGCGCCUCCAGGAGAGACCUGAUGACCUUUGAAAGCAACAUCGUUGAAGCAGCCAGCUACACCAGUCCCAUUGGCACAGUAAGUCCUCACCGUGCCGUUCGGUUUCAGGCUGGUCAUUCCAUAAUAUACGCAGGAUUCAAUUUCUGUUUCUCCCAACAGGGCACCCAGACAAUCAGAACGGCCUUGACCAGACAAGCAGCGAGUCUGCGCCAAAUUAGCGGAACAGUUCAGGAACCCUUGCGGCAGAACUUGGCACAAUUGAACGGGACCUUACAGGAUUUGGCAGCAUUUGCUCCCAUUGUCCAGAGUCGUAUCAGAAACACCAUCCAGAACAUUGAUGUGGCCCAGGCUGAGAUUAUCUCCACCACCAGGAAUAUUAUUAAAAAUGUGAGUGAGUGCCUCACCACCAGUGAGGUGGAAUACUUCAGGCAGUAUCUGCAGUGGAUCCGGGCCAUGAUUAUGGACAACCUGUUCUCCUGCCAACCGGCGGUGAUCCUGAUCAACAACAUCUUUGUCAUCUUGUGCGACAACAUCAUAGAUCCCUGGAAUGCCUUCUGGUUCUGCUUGGGCUGGUGCACCCUGUUCCUCAUCCCCAGCAUCAUCUUCGCAGUGAAGACCGCCAAGCACUACCGGGCCAUCCAGAAUGAAAUCGGCAGCCCAGCGUUGUCGGAAAUGAUGCAGUUUAAGUUUCCUCGAGUUGAGAAUUCGUACGGGCACACGUUGCCCAGUGGAGCGACUGCCCCUACACAAUGACCAGUGGCCGGACGGACGGACGGACCUGCCAGAGGGUCACCAGUGAUUGUGCUUUGCCUAUACUCGCUCCAUUGUCCAUCCACUCCAGUGGUCGGCUGCUUCUGUGUCCUGUACCUCACUAUGACAUGUGCUGCCACAUGCAGCCUCUCCAAGCCCAGGAUACACACACACACACACACACACACACACACACACGUGUAGGUACAUGUGCCCCAAUAUCGGCCUGCGACUUACAGACUUAAAGCACAAAAGCAGGCCCUUCGGCCCGCCAAGUCCAUGCCAACCCAUUUGGUCCCAUCUAUCGGCAUUUGUCCCAUUGCUUUGCCUCGGUGAUUCAAAUAUUUGUCAAAUUGCUUCAUAAAUAAUCCAGGAACAGGUCACUCCCCUUGAUCAAUAUUCCCCUCUCUCUACCUCCUGCCUCUCCUGUUAAACCUACUCCCUCUUGCCCAUCAGACCUGACCUUUGCUAAAAGAUUCUUACCAUUACCAGCCUGCACCCCAGUGGUAUGAACAUUGACUUCUCUAACUUCAAGUUGCCCUUGCUUUCCCUCUCUCUCCAUCUCCUCCCCCUUCCCAGUUCUCCCACCAGUCUUACUGUCUCCGACUACAUUCUAUCUCUGUCCCUGCCCACUCCACACAUCAGUGUGAAGAAGGGUCUCCACAGAUGCUGCCUGACCCACUGAGUUACUCCAGCACUCUGUGAAACGUCACCUAUCCAUUUUCUCCACAGAUGCUGCCUGACCCGCUGAGUUAUGGUGCAGCAGCAUCUAUGGAGCGAAGGAAAUAGGCAACGUUUCGGGCCGAAAUCCUUCUGGAAAUAGGCAACGUUUUGGGCCGAAACCCUUCUGGGUUUCGGCCCGAAACGUUGCCUAUUUCCUUAGCUCCAUAGAUGCUGCUGCACCCGCUGAGUUACUCCAGCACUCUGUGAAACGUCACCUAUCCAUGUUCUCCACAGAUGCUGCCUGACCCACUGAGUUACUCCAGCACUCUGUGAAACGUCACCUAUCCAUGUUCUCCACAGAUGCUGCUGCACCCGCUGAGUUACUCCAGCACUCUGUGAAACGUCACCUAUCCAUGUUCUCCACAGAUGCUGCCUGUCCCGCUGAGUUACUCCAGCACUCUGUACCUGUCCAUCCAGGGAAACAAGCCAUUGCCAUCAACAUCUAGAGACCCAAUUAGGGACUCUUCCCACAUCCCGGAAUCUCGCUGGUGUCUGGGAAUUACUGCCACAAAUCUACUUGAUCCUUGGGAGUUUCUGCCACAAUCCAACUUGUGAAUUUCCAUCGCGUUCAUGAUGUCCCUGUAAUCACAAUUGGCCACUCAGCUCCCUAAGCAUGCCGACACUGUUGUCUCAACUUAGUAUUUCUAUUUAUUUACUUGUAGAUGUGUUUUUUUUCAUUCAUUGUACCAAAAGGGAACAUUAAAGAAAGGUGUGUGCGUCGCGCAGUAUGAUGGCUGUGCCAGCCACUCUUGUUCUCUGGAUGUCGACUGACAUUAAUAAAGAAUACUUGGCCAA